AUGGACGGACGCUAUUUGCUUACUGACAUUGACAGUCAAGAGGUUUUGAGUACUGGAACGGCCUGGGUCAUGUUUCCUCACCUACAUGUCCAAGUUUCUUCCGCAUCUCACACGCACGUUCGAUGCGGCUCCCGCGAACAAACUCAUCGCUUUUUGAUUACAGCAAAACGAAUGGUAGGAAAGAAGAUGGAGGCAUGGUACACGCUUCAAUCACACUGCGAGAAAUACAGAGCGCAGAUCUUGCAUGCACGACCCAGUGCGGAGGAUGGACAUUACUAUUGUGGAGGAUCGAUCGAACCCCUCAGAGAUCUUAUCUUGCUAAAGCCCAUUAUUGCGGAGUUUGAUGGGCCAGUUUUUGAGGGAAAGAAGUCUUCGCAAAAGGGGUCGAUAACAUGGAAUGUUCGGAAGCGCUUCAAUCUUAUUUCGAUUAUUGCUGCAAACAAGCAAGCCGUCAACGUUAUUUUUGGAUAUUAA